UCCAGAGCUCUGAGGGAUCCGAGUCUGUUGAACCCGAAUGAGGGUCCGCACCGAACCCGACUCGUUCCUCUGAACUGAAACGGGACCACCCGGGUCAUCCCGGACCGGGUCUUCAUUCGGCUCCGCGUCGGUCGGACCGGGACGUGGAGCUUGGCUCCGGUGAACCGGGACUCUGUCAUAAACUAGUCCCGCAGGAAUGUGCGCGUGGUAGGAGCCGAAGUGCGGCUCCGUUCCGCGGCUCGCUCCUCGGUCUGUGGCCGGGCUCUGGGCGCUCGGCGGCGGGGAGAAACGUGCUUCUUCCCGGUGUAGUAAACAUUAUCGUUACGGCUCGGAGCAUGAAGCCAGAGCAACAAUAGAAAGCUGGUGGAGGAAGAGGAAGAGGAGGAAGAGGAGGAGAAAGAGGAGGGGGGGCAGCUUCCUCACAGCGGAAGGAGACGACGGAUCUCCUGCAGGACAAUGUGAGGCACGGAGCGGCGGAUCCAUGGCCGACUGACGCCGUGUUUGCAGCUCGAUCUCUGCACAAAUAUCAUCGACCGGAAAGCUGCGUGUUCGAUUCCCGGAGGAAAGAGUGCCGGACGAGGCCGAUGGGAGCAGCCCGCUGAGGGGCCGCGGCUCCGGGCCGAGAGACGGGAGGAAGAUGGGUGUCGCGCUGCGGAGCCUGUUGUUGUGCUCGCUGUGGUUCCUCGUUCGAGGCGUGCCGCUGCUGCUCUAUGCCAACCGGCGGGACCUUCGGCUCGUGGACGCGGCACACGAAAAGGCCAACGCCACGGUGGUGGUGGGGGGGCUGGAGGACGCCGCCGCAGUGGACUACGUUUACUCCCAGGGCCUCAUCUACUGGAGCGACGUGAGCGAGGAGGCUAUCAAACGCACCGUCUUCAACCAGUCGGGGGCCAGCGCCGUCCAGACCGUGGUCCCCGGUCUGGCCUCCCCAGACGGACUGGCCUGUGACUGGUUGGGGAGUAAACUUUACUGGACGGACUCGGAAACCAAUCGGAUCGAGGUGGCCGAGCUGGACGGGUCCUUGAGGAAGGUUUUGUUCUGGCAGGAGCUGGACCAGCCGAGGGCCAUCGCUCUGGAUCCGGAACGAGGGUACAUGUACUGGACCGACUGGGGCGAGGUCCCAAAGAUCGAGCGGGCGGGGAUGGACGGGACGAAUCGCUCUAUGAUCAUCGAUAAAGAGAUCUACUGGCCCAACGGUCUGACUCUGGAUUACAGUCUGGAGAAGCUGUACUGGGCGGACGCCAAACACAACUUCAUCCACCGCUCCAACCUGGACGGGUCCUCCAGGGAGGUGGUGGUCAAAGGGGAGCUGCCCCACCCGUUCGCCCUCACGCUGUACGAGGACACCCUGUUCUGGACCGACUGGAACACCCACUCCAUCCACUCCUGCAGGAAGCAAACCGGAGCCGAGCAGCGCAUCGUCCACUCGGACAUCUUCUCACCGAUGGACAUCCACGUCUUCAGCGCCAAGAGACAAGACAUACUGGUGACAUGUCCCUGCUCGGUGGACAAUGGAGGCUGCUCCCACCUGUGUCUCCUGUCCCCCAUGAAGCCUUUCUAUCAGUGUGCCUGUCCCACCGGAGUCCAGCUGCUGGAAGACGGGAAGACCUGCAGAGACGGUGCGACUCAGAUGCUGCUGCUGGCCCGGCGGACCGACCUGCGCCGCAUCUCUCUGGACACGCCGGACUUCACCGACGUGGUCCUGCAGCUGGACGAUGUUCGGCACGCCAUCGCCAUCGACUACGACCCGGUGGACGGGUUCGUCUACUGGACGGACGACGACGUGAAGGCCGUGCGCCGCUCCCGGCUGGACGGCAGCGACUCCCAGUUCGUGGUCACGUCUCAGGUCAACCACCCCGACGGCAUCGCCGUGGACUGGAUCGCCCGGAACCUGUACUGGACCGACACGGGCACGGACCGCAUCGAGGUGACCCGGCUCAACGGUACCAUGAGGAAGAUCCUGAUCUCCGAAGACCUGGACGAGCCCAGAGCAAUCGUACUGGACCCUGUGGCCGGCUACAUGUACUGGACCGACUGGGGGGAGGUGCCUAAGAUCGAGCGCGCCGACCUGGACGGGCUGGAGCGGCUGGUUCUGGUCAACACGUCUCUGGGUUGGCCCAACGGCCUCGCCCUGGACUACGAGGACCGCAGGCUGUACUGGGGGGACGCCAAGACGGACAAGAUCGAGGUGAUGGACAUGGACGGGACAGGGCGACGGGUGCUGGUAGAGGACAAACUUCCUCACAUCUUCGGCUUCACUCUGCUUGGAGACUUCAUCUACUGGACGGACUGGCAGCGCCGCAGCAUCGAGCGCGUCCACAAACGCACCGCGGAGAGGGAGUUCAUCAUCGACCAACUGCCCGACCUCAUGGGCCUCAAGGCCGCUUAUGUGCACAAGUCCUUCGGUACGAACCCGUGUGCCGAGAGCAACGGCGGCUGCAGCCACCUGUGCCUCUACAAGCCGCAGGGUGUUCAGUGCGGCUGCCCCAUCGGCCUGGAGCUCGUCGCCGACAUGAGGACCUGCAUCGUCCCCGAAGCCUUCCUGCUCUUCUCCCGCCACACCGACAUCCGCCGCAUCUCCCUGGAGACCAACAACAACAACGUGGCCAUCCCGCUCACCGGCGUCAAGGAGGCCUCGGCGCUCGACUUCGACGUCACCGACAACCGGAUCUACUGGACCGACAUCACUCUGAAGACCAUCAGCCGGGCCUUCAUGAACGGCAGCGCCCUGGAGCAUGUGGUGGAGUUCGGUCUGGACUACCCGGAGGGGAUGGCGGUGGACUGGCUGGGGAAGAACCUGUACUGGGCCGACACCGGCACCAACCGCAUCGAGGUGGCCAAACUGGACGGGCAGCACCGGCAAGUCCUAGUCUGGAAGGAUCUGGACAGUCCACGAGCUCUGGCUCUGGAUCCGGCUGAAGGGUACAUGUACUGGACCGAGUGGGGCGGGAAGCCCAAGAUCGACCGCGCGGCGAUGGACGGGACGGGUCGGAUCACUCUGGUGGCCGACGUGGGCCGAGCCAACGGACUCACCAUCGACUACGCGGAGCGCCGCCUCUACUGGACCGACCUGGACACCACGCUCAUCGAGUCCUCCAACAUGCUGGGUCAGGACCGCGAGGUGAUAGCGGACGACCUGCCUCACCCCUUCGGCCUCACCCAGUACCAGGACUACAUCUACUGGACCGACUGGAGCCAGCGCAGCAUCGAGCGAGCCAACAAGACCAGCGGCCAGAACCGCACCGUGAUCCAAGGCCACCUGGACUACGUCAUGGACAUCCUGGUGUUCCACUCGUCCCGGCAGGGCGGCUGGAACGCCUGCGCCGCCACCAACGGGCACUGCUCGCACCUCUGCCUCGCCGUGCCAAUCAGCGGCUUCGUCUGUGGAUGCCCCGCCCACUUCUCCCUCAACAUCGACAACAAGACGUGCAGCGCCCCGACCUCCUUCCUGCUGUUCAGCCAGAAGUCGGCCAUCAACCGCAUGGUGAUGGACGAGCAGCAGAGCCCCGACAUCAUCCUGCCCAUCCACAGCCUGAGGAACGUGAGGGCGCUGGACUACGACCCGCUGGACAAGCAGCUGUACUGGAUCGACUCCAAGCAGAACGUGAUCCGCCGCGCUCAGGAGGACGGGAACCAGAGCGUGACGGUGGUGUCCGGCACCCUGGGGGGGCCCAGUCAGGGCCUGCAGCUGUACGACCUGAGCAUCGACAUCUACAGCCGCUUCAUCUACUGGACCAGCGAGCUCACCAACGCCAUCAACGUCACGCGCUCGGACGGCAGCCGGGUCGGGGUGGUGCUGAGGGGGGAGCACGACAAGCCCCGCGCCAUCGUGGUCAACCCGGAGAGAGGGUACAUGUACUUCACCAACCUGCUGGAGCGCUCCCCUAAGAUCGAGCGUGCGGCGCUGGACGGGACGGAGCGGGAGGUUCUGUUCUUCAGCGGCUUGGGGAAGCCGGUCGCUCUGGCCAUCGACAACGAGCUGGGGAAGCUGUUCUGGGUGGACUCGGACCUGCGGCGCAUAGAGAGCAGCGACCUGUCCGGAGCCAAUCGGAUCGUGAUCGCAGACUCCAACAUCCUGCAGCCGGUGGGCCUGACGGUGUUCGGGGACCACCUGUACUGGAUCGACAAGCAGCAGCAGAUGAUCGAACGCAUCGACAAGACCACCAGGGAGGGCCGCACCAAGAUCCAGGCCCGCAUCGCCUACCUGAGCGACAUCCACGCCGUCCACGAGCUGGACAUGAGGGAGUACAGUAAACACCCGUGUACGUGGGACAACGGCGGCUGCUCCCACAUCUGCAUCGUGAAGGGCGACGGGACGACUCGCUGCUCGUGUCCCGUCCACCUGGUGCUGCUGCAGGACGAGCUGUCCUGUGGAGAGCCCCCCACCUGCUCCCCGGAGCAGUUCUCCUGCACCUCCGGCGAGGUGGACUGCAUCCCUCAGGCCUGGAGGUGCGACGGCUUCGCCGAGUGCGACGACAGCAGCGACGAGGAGGACUGCCCCGUCUGCUCGGAGGCCGAGUUCCAGUGCGACAGCCGUCAGUGUGUUCAGCUCCUGCUGCGCUGCAACGGGGAGGCGGACUGCCAGGACCGGUCGGACGAGAGCAAGUGUGAAGUGCGCUGCCCUCCAGACCAGUUCACCUGCUCUAAUGGUCAGUGCAUCGGGAAGCACAAGAAGUGCGACCACAACACGGACUGCACGGACAACUCUGACGAGAUCGGCUGCUACCCGACAGAGGAGCCUCCUCCCCCGUCCAACAACACCAUUGGGUCCAUUGUGGGCGUGGUCAUGGCGUUGUUUGUGGUGGGCGCCGUGUACUUCGUGUGCCAGCGCGUCCUCUGUCCUCAGAUGAAGGACGACGGCGAGACGGUGGCCAACGACUUCGUGGUCCACGGGCCGUCGGCGGUGCCGCUGGGCUACGUGCCGCAGCCGAGCUCGCUGUCCAGCUCGCUGCCGGGCAUGUCCAGGGGCAAGUCCGUGAUUGGCUCCCUCAGCAUCGUGGGCGGGAGCAGCGGGCCGCCGUACGACCGCGCCCACGUGACGGGGGCGUCGUCCAGCAGCUCGUCCAGCACCAAAGGGACCUACUUCCCCCCGAUCCUGAAUCCUCCUCCGUCUCCUGCUACCGUUCGCUCUCAGUACACCAUGGAGUUCGGUUAUUCCUCCAACAGCCCCUCAACUCAUCGAUCCUACAGCUACCGGCCCUACAGCUACCGCCACUUCGCCCCCCCCACCACGCCCUGCAGCACGGACGUGUGUGACAGCGACUACACUCCGGGGCGCCGCGUGCCGCUGAAGCCCGGCGUUGCCAAGGGUUACGCCAGCGACCUGCAGUACGACUCUGAGCCGUUCCCCCCCCCCCCGACGCCCCGCAGCCAGUACCUGUCGGCGGAGGAGAACUGUGAGAGCUGCCCGCCGUCGCCGUUCACCGAGCGCAGCUACGCCCACCACCUGUACCCGCCGCCGCCAUCGCCCUGCACCGACUCCUCGUGAGCCCCUCCCUCACUGUAAAUAGCUAUGUGCAUAUAUGAGGUUUAGAACCAGGAGGAGGAGGAGCCACAUGGAGGAGGAGGAGCCACAGGCAGGAGGAGGAGCCACAGGCAGGAGCUGCACAACAUUUGUACAUUGACAAAGAGAAAAGCAUAUUUAUAUAUUUUCUAUACAGCGUUUACUGAUGAUGCCGUAGAGGUUUGUAUUAAGAAAUUUGUACAUUUUUUUUUUAAAGAAAAGGUUUUAUUAAAAUCAUCACAAAUAUAAGUUGCCUUAAACCAGAAGAAAGAGGCUGAAGGACAAACAAAGCUCACAGUGGGACGUUUUAACUUAUCUGAUGCCAAAUAUGAAAAACAUCAAGAGGAGGAGGAGGAGCAGGAGGAGGAGCAGCAGGAGGAGCAGCAGGAGCGUCUGUCGUGACCAUGUAAACUGGAGAAAAGGGCGCGUGACAACGUGGUUUUCUAUUGGACCUCCUCGGUCACGUGACAUGAAGCAAUAACAACACAUAUUUAUUAGCCGCUCUGUUGACGAGGGGAAGUGCGGCUGAAGUAUGGAAGCCCAUUAGCGCCAGGUGAUGCUUCUCAAUGUCUGUGUUAUUAUCAGCUCACAUUGCCAGGAUUGGACUUCCAUACGUUCUAGAACCUGAAGACAAUCCGCCUCUUUGGGUUUGUUGUUUUGUUUGUGUGUUGUUGUUUACCUGUCCCUUCAGGGCCUCCGUAAUCAAACACUAAACGAUAACGAUUGGGCGUCACAUGACUCGUUCAGACCGGAUUCAGAACCAAAACGUGGUGUUUUGACCCGAAGCUGCGCGGCGUCGCGUUUCUUGAGUUCCCCCCGUGAACACGAUCUUGUGCCUGAACAGUUCCACGUCGUCAUCACUUUGUUGUUUUACUGUUACUUUAAGGAACUCCAGUGCCCACUAAAUGCUUUAUAGUAUUUUUGUACCACAUAUUGUGUAGAUAUCGUAUUUAUAAGCUAUAUAGAAGAUCAUUGUAAAUCUCUCCAUUGAACUCUUGCAGUACUGUUCAUUCCGUCUUUUUUUAUAUUGCUCAUUAUAUUUUUCUACAGAGUUUCACUCCAAACGUUCGGCGACAAUCUCAGAUCAGAAGAACAUAUCCAGGUUUUUAUGUCUGUGCCCAAAGGGUCCUUUACCAACCGGAGGUCAAAGGUCAACACUCGAUUUCCUUAUUUUGGUACAUCUGUGUUUUUGCUUCUCGUGUCGCCGGAAAUAUAUUUUACAUUUUACAAGAUGACUCGUUUGAUCGAGUCGGCGGCGCCUUUUAACUUCCUGUCGUCGCUUUUUCACUUCCUGUUUGGAACAUUUUAACUUCCUGUUUUCGCUUUUUCACUUCCUGUUUGGAACAUUUUAACUUCCUGUUGUUAAAACGUUCAGUUUGUUGUUCUGACAAAAAUCCCACCAGCAUGAAUCUGACAAUCUUAAUGUUUACACGUCGCUUUCAUUUCUUUAAUGACAUAAAAACAUCUUCUGUCUUAAUGAGAUGCUUUUAUUUAAAGAAACGGGCGAAAUAAUUAAUCUCAGAAAAUCUAAUUAUUACAGUAAAAGUAUCAGUGAGCUGGUUAUCGUUAUAUAUUUAAAGAAAACUUUAUUAAACAAAUGAAACCAGAUUCAAGGUCACAGUGCACUUUACAGGACUUUUAUUUCUGGUACAAAACUUCAGAAGGACGUUUCUACAAAGGUUUUAUCAAGCAGAUCAAAUCUCAACGUCUUUCAUCAGGAACAAUCUGUGUUAUGGGAAAUCAAAGAGCAAAAUAUUGAAUCUGUUAAAUCUCAAAGGACUUUAAUUUGAGAGCUUGAUUUACACUUUAAAGAACCAAUGAAACAACGGUACUAAUUAAGUUUUAUGGUGUAAAUAUAAAAACACACUUUGUUACUAAUACUAAUAAUAAUAUCUGACUUUUGGAUGUUUUUAACAAACGUUUUUUUAUUAAAACCCAAACAAACGUCCAAAAUGUUUUUAUUUAUUUUAUGUCUUUUAUUACAUUUCCUCCAAACACAAAUCGUCAGUUUUAUGGAGCAAAAAGAAUUCUAGGAACGUUUUGUCCUUUUUGUUCUCGGUUUAUUUCACCGGGACGCGCCGACAAAGAGCUCCUUUACGUUUGAGUCUUUGAGUCUUUGCGUUCGAGUCUUUAUGUUUGAGUCUUUGAGUCUUUACGUAUGAGUCUUUGCGUUCGAGUUUGAGUCUUUGCGUUCGAGUCUUUACGUAUGAGUCUGUUUGAGUCUUUGCGUUCCAGUCUUUGAGUCUUUGCGUUUGAGUCUUUACGUUCAAGUCUUUGCGUUCCAGUCUUUGAGUCUUUGCGUUUGAGUCCUUGCGUUCGAGUCUUUACGUUCCAGUCUUUACGUUCGAGUCUUUGCGUUCCAGUCUUUGAGUCUUUGCGUUCCAGUCUUUGAGUCUUUGCGUUCGAGUCUUUGCGUUCCAGUCUUUGAGUCUUUGCAUUCGCGUCUUUGAGUCUUUGCGUUCCAGUCUUCGAGUCUUUGCAUUCGAGUCUUUGAGUCUUUGCGUUUGAGUCUUUGCGUUCCAGUCUUUGAGUCUUUGCGUUUGAGUCUUUGCGUUCCAGUCUUUGAGUCUUUGCGUUCCAGUCUUU